GUUGUAGCUGCAUGGUACUGUCGUCGUUCGAAAAGUUAUACAUCAUUAGCCGGUAGUUCCUGAAUCGUGGAUGCAUUAUCGUUUCGUGUUUCAGCCUUCCUAUUCUCGGUGCGUGCCAAAAAUUGUCGGUUAAUCCGUUGAAUUCAGCGUAUGCCGCUUACGGAAGAGGCGAUUCGGUGUGUACACCACGACCCAUGAUACACCAGAAUAUGCUGUGCUAGCUGGAAAGUGCUACGUGAUAUUAGCGCCAAAUAGAGGAGGUUUCAUCCCAGCAACGAUUGAAAAUAAGUUGAAGUAGGCUGCGAAGAAAAAAAAUAUUACAAAAGUGUGAAAAAAGGACACAAUCGACAAAAAGCAAUAUCGCGAAUGUUCAAUGCGUUUGCUGUGUUAGCAGCCGUGAAUCCGAAUGCGCGGGAUAGGACGAUAGAAGAGACGACGGUCACACGAACUAUGAAUACUUAAUUCCUGGUACGCCCCAUUUGUCGUACUCACCAGCCUCUGCCGAUUGUGUGUAACGGACAGUAAUACCAGAGUCAGUAGCCAGUUUUAAAAGUAAUUUUUCUCAUCUCUUUUGGUAGCCAUACGUAUUGAUUGAAAGAUGUACACUUCUUGUCUUGUGCGUUUAUCGUUUUUUUUCAUAAGUGCAUGUUUUUUUUUUAUUAUCUCUUCUGUUCCGUAAGUGGACAUUACGUGAGUGCGUACUUUUUUGAGCCAGUGGUGUUUGUUUUUAUGUGUUUGCGAAAAAGAAGCAAAUAUUAGUGAAACUUAUGAUACGAAAGAUCUAUUCGUAGCGAAGAACUGUACGAGAUACAUGAUUAGCAUCUGUUGUCAUCAUGUACUUCUGAAUUGUGCGAUUUUCCGUAUUUCAAACGUAAGCUGGUAAACGUUAAUUUAUUUAUUUAUUUUGUUUUGAACGUACAAUUGCGCCACGUUACAAAAGUAAGAUUCGUAUAAAAAGGUAUACCGGCAAUCACAAACUGCUUCCGUAAAGCUUGACGAGCUUUUUUUAAGCUUGGCCCGCUCGAUAGAAAGAUCCCCUUGGUUGUCAUCAUCAUCUGGUUUCCGGCUGCUGCUGCCUGUGCUAACAACGGGAGAGUGGGGGAGUAUUUCGCAACGAAAAAUACUACCAAAUUUGCUGUGCAAAGGGCAAACCCGAAAAACGAACGCUAGGUUAUUUCUUUCCGCGAGUGUCAGAGAAAGGAACGCACGCUUCAUUACGACCCCAUAGGCGUUUUGUUCUUUCGACCGCAUUGUUCGUAUGAGUGUGUGUGAUUGGCGAUAGGCAGCGGUCAUGACUUAUACCACUACUACCACGCCCAAGCACUACUAAAAUCGACUACAUCCAACGGAUCUGUUCAACACCACACCGGGUUUUGUGUGCAGAGUAUACAGACGACGACGCCGCAUGCUCUUGGUGUGCUAUCUACGGAAAAAACGGAAUAUUCAUCUCCCCUGCAUGCAUUGAUUCUAUCGUUUUCACUCUCGUGUGCGAGCAAAAGUUUCUAUCGAACACACAGAAGCACAAAGCAGCGCACAUCGCAGCUUCAUUGAAGGGACCAAAAGCGACAAACCGAACAGAAAAAGCAAGGACCGAUUCCGAUUUCUCUCCCGAGAGUGUGCAACAAACCGACGAAGGGAUGCCUUCCCUGCAACAGACCACCUUCAAGGAUUUUCCCAGCCCGGACAUCGCCAGAUCACUGACGGGGCCAGACAUCCUGCAGAAGCAUUCCAUCAACUCGUUGCUGCUGGAGCACAAUGAGAUCAUUUCCCGGGGAUUGCCGUCACCGAUCGAAGAUAACAUGUCUUUGGCAGAUCUUCUAGGUGGUUCACAGCCAUCCUCACCGACGUCGGCGUCUGCUUCGCUGGUAACAAACUCCUCCUCCGGUAUGACGGGUAAAGGUAGCGGAGGUACAAGUCACCAUCAGAACAGUAUUGCCCUAGUGCAGCACUCCCAUCACCACUCGCUCCUCGGCAGUCAGCAUCAACAACAGCGACAGAACCACCAACAACAUCAUGCCUCGCUUGGGUCAUUCGCGACGCUUGGUUCGUCCCUAGGGAGCAACGCCGUGGUGGGAACGACAAUAUGCGAUGACAGUGCAAGCAGCAUCCUUAGCUCAGGUGGUGGAAAUAGUGCGACGAGUGGCAGUGGAUCCGUUUCGUCGAAUCCGUUUAACUUCGCCAGUUUGCGAAUUCCGAGCCCGUCGCUCAAUUCGCCAGAUUUACUGAUGAGCGGUGGUUUGAUAGGCGGUGGUAUCGUCGGUAGUAGCAGUAGCAGCAGCAGCAGCAGCAGUGGAAUCAGUUGUGGAGAGGUAGGAAGUGCCGGUAGUGGCCAAUCGCCUACCUCUACACACUCGUUUUAUUCGAGCUUGCUGCCUCAGAUGCUGCAUCAGCCGGGAAGCAGCGGAAGCUCCGGAACCACAACCGAUGCCUUAAUGUCAGCUUCAACAAACAGCAGUGCUGGUGGCGCGUACGAUAGAUUUCGGUUUGAUUUGAUGCUUGGUUGCGGAAGCGAGGGAAUCACGUCCCAAAAUGGAUUGACCACAGAAACGUUGAAACAAAGACGACGAAACAUUAGUUUUGACUGUUCCUCGCCGACUAAUGGUCCUUCUUCAUCCGGCGAAGUAACGUCUCCCUCUCUUACUCUUCUGUGUCCCAAUAACGGACGGAAUUACCGGAACGGUAGCUUUUCGCAACCUCAACAAAGCACCAUAUCUCAUCCUCAUCAGCAACAAUCAACGAGCGUACAGCAGUACGAAAUUCUAUCUGGGAGCAAUGGUGGAACGAGCGGCAACAGCGGAGGGAUUAUCACACCCAAUAAUGCAAGCGUGGCGAUGGGCGAUUUCGAUUCCAUCGGUGCCAACAACAGUUCGCUGUUACCGUUUGAUACCGGAAGCGUGGCAAUGUCCCGUUCGCAUACUCCGCCAGAUCAUUCGGACACCAGCACCCUGCUGACGACUUUGGAAACCACCAGCAUCAUGGAUAUGCUUAACCUAUUUCAGAGUACGAAUUCAUUGACAGGACAUCUUCUUAGUCAAACGCAACAACAACAGCAGUCCCAAAAUCAGUUUACGCCGUACACGUCGUCUCCAACAUCGACGUAUCAACAAUCUACUGCAUCGGGAACGUACGGUGGUGUCAACAGCAGCAACAAUGGCAGCUUAGCUAGCCUUGCGUCUUUAAGGCUUGGCAGCUCCGAAUUCGAUAGCGAUUAUGACCGUAUGCAAAAAAUUCAAGUCUAUAACAACACGUUGCGGAUUUUGCAACAACAUUCCCAGCAAAAGUCUCUACUACUACAAGAGCUUCAGUACAACCAGUCGCUGCUAUCGGCAUUUGGAAGUGGUAGUAAUAUUUCAACGAAUACCACCGGUGGUGCUAUGGGCAGCAACAACAGUAACAACUACAGUGGUAGUGGCUUACAAGGGAGAAAUUGGUUCUCAUCGUCACAUCAGCAACAUCACCAGGGCUCCUCAUCUCCUUCACUGAACGUUGGUUCUGGUGGUGGUAAUGGAUACACCGAUGUAAAUCUCGAUCGUAUUGCAAAGAUUUAUCGAUCCUCUGCAGCCCAUUACGAUGCUACUUGCACGUGGAGUGGCGUUUUGCCACCUCGUUCAAAUCGUUUGGUGACGUAUUCGUCGAAAAUAUUCCUCGGUGGCAUGCCGUGGGAUAUUAGCGAACAAUCGUUGGUCCAAAUUUUCAAACCAUUCGGCACGAUAAAGGUCGAAUGGCCUGGCAAGGAACAACAAGCGACACAACCUAAAGGCUAUGUAUACAUAAUUUUCGAAUCGGACAAACAGGUCAAGGCACUGUUGCAGGCAUGUACUUAUACUUCCUCUACCAACAAUGGUAGCAUCCACGGUAAUCAUGGUGGAAUAAGCGCAGGUACGAAGAUUAACUUCAAGAUAUCUUCGAAGCGCAUCAAAUCGAAGGAUGUCGAAGUGAUUCCGUGGAACAUUGCAGAUUCCAACUACGUAAAGUCCUCUUCGCAAAAAUUAGACCCGACGAAAACAGUGUUUGUAGGAGCACUGCACGGUCAAUUGACAGCCGAGGGCUUAGCGAUAAUUAUGAACGAUCUCUUCGAAGGCGUCGUGUAUGUAGGCAUCGAUACAGACAAGUACAAGUAUCCGCUCGGAUCGGCUCGCGUAACGUUCAGCAACGCUCGAUCGUACAUGAAGGCGGUAUCGGCUGCAUUCAUCGAAAUUCGUACCUCGAAAUUCACCAAGAAACUGCAGGUGGAUCCCUAUCUGGAGGAUUCUCUUUGUUCAAUAUGCACUCUACAACACGGACCAUACUUUUGCCGCGAAAGCAUAUGCUUCAGAUAUUAUUGUCGUUCCUGCUGGCAAGAUCAACACAGCCGAGGAGUAUAUCUUCAAAAUCAUAAACCCCUUACGCGGAAUUCCAAGUUCACUGCAAUUAUCGGCGUUGGUCCUCAACAGCAGCCACAGCAUGCUGCAACCGGUAGCAACAGCAGCAACCAUCACAUGCAGCAACACUCGUAUGACCACAGCUCAUACUACAAUGGGCAUCAACAUCAUCACCAUCACCAUAACGGGUCUGGCAGUCAUACGUACAAUCAAUAUCAUCACCACAACAACAAUACCCAUCAUCAUCAACAAUCGGGUAAUCGUUUAGGCCAGCUACAGCAGCAACAGCAGCAGUAUCGUGUCCUCGCAAAGUCUCCAUCACCGUCGACAUGCAGUGGUACUGAAAGUUCUAGUAUUGCAAGCAAUGGCAACAUGAGCUACCCUAGCAGCAAUAGUUCUAGCCCUGUUGGUGGUGGAAAUAACACCCGUAACAAUAAUUCAACCAACUGCAUCAACAAUAAUAGCCUUAAUGGCAAUAAUAACGUCAACAGCAACAAUACUGGCAACAACAACAGUGUCAAUAGUGGUGAGCACGCGUCCUCUUGUAUUGGAUCGUCGUUGAACUUACAACAACAUAACUAUGUUGCUGGGAGUGUUGGUAAUGGUAGUGGUAACGGUAGCGGUGGUAGUGGUUUGCACAUUUAAUUAUUGAAGUUUUUUUGUUUUGCAAUUCCAUAUCACAUUUUGACUAAAUGAGGGAAUUCAAAUUAUUUAUAUUUUUUCUUUUGAUACUGAUCAAUAUUGUUUUUCUUUUCAAUUGCGAUGUUUACGCUCCUGGCCUUCUCAUCACUAGAGUUUAUUUCAGUAGCGUAUUGUUUUUUUCUUUUCUUUUUGAUUAAUUCUAACUUUACUCGAGGCUGGUUUUUUAUAUUAUUUUGUGUUGUUUUUGGUGUUCUUUGUACGAAUCUUGCUUUGCUUCCUUGUUUCGAUUUCAAUUUUGCCGGCUUGUAUUGUUUUUAUUUCAAAAUAUCCAACCCUCAACCGAUGCUAAACUAAACAGGGACGUUGGAAACGAAUUUCCUAGAUUGAAAUUUACAGUUUACCUUACGUCGUAGAAAAUUCUCCUGUUUUGUUAGCAAUCGGUAAAGCAAUGAACGAAACAUGCAGAGAUCGCCUCUUCUCGUGUGCGAAUUUUU